AUGCCCACCCAACCCUUCCACCAAAGCCUCCAAGCCAAGGCUAGGGUCGGGAAUCUGUACCCUAGCCUACCACCAAACUGCGCAUCCCCGAUAACAGACGUCGCAAUCGAUUGCUACCCUCGCGAUAAGACCGCUUGCGAUCGGAAGUCGGAGCACGGGGCGGGACAAAGCUUGGAAGGAGGGACCCUGGGUUUUGGCUCUGGGUUUCGGCUAACCUUCCUCAUCUACGGGACGGCUAUCGUUAACGCUCGAGGACCUCGCCGUCGCUUGUACAAAGAACUGUAG